GACGCUGCCAGGAAGGGGCGGGGAUUAUAGUAGAUUAUUACUAUCUAUCGGCUGCGCGGAAGGAAGGCCGACGGAAGCGCUCUGUGAUGUUGCCGGAAGUGCGGAGGGAAAGGUUGUGAUGGCGGCUGCGACUCUAGCUGAAAAGGUGCUGGUGGAAAAUGCGGAGGAGGAGCGGUCCCUCGCGGCGGCGGCGGAGCUGACCUCCCAGAAGCGCGAGCAGAGACUGCGCAAAUUCCGGGAGCUGCACCUGAAGCGGAAUGAAGCUCGUAAAUUAAAUCACCAGGAAGUUGUGGAAGAAGAUAAAAGACUUAAGUUACCUGCAAAUUGGGAAGCCAAAAAAGCUCGUUUGGAAUGGGAACUACAGGAGGAAGAAAAGAAAAAGGAAUGUGCAGCAAGAGGGGAAGACUAUGAGAAAGUGAAGUUGCUGGAGAUCAGUGCAGAAGAUGCAGAAAGAUGGGAGAGGAAAAAGAAGAGGAAAAACCCCGAUCUUGGAUUUUCAGAUUAUGCGGCUGCCCAGUUACGCCAGUAUCAUCGGUUGACCAAACAGAUCAAACCUGACAUGGAAACAUAUGAGAGACUGAGAGAAAAGCAUGGAGAAGAGUUUUUCCCAACGUCCAACAGUCUUCUUCAUGGAACACAUGUGCCUUCCUCUCAGGAAAUUGAUAGGAUGGUCACAGAUCUGGAAAAACAAAUUGAAAAACGAGACAAAUAUAGUCGGAGACGACCUUAUAAUGACGAUGCAGAUAUCGACUACAUUAAUGAAAGGAAUGCCAAAUUCAACAAGAAGGCAGAAAGAUUCUACGGGAAAUACACAGCUGAAAUCAAACAGAAUUUGGAAAGAGGAACAGCAGUCUAAUCCUCAGGAACUGUUCUUAAAAGCUUGAGAAUGGAGUGAAAAUUUUUGCCAGCAGUUUGAAGUUAUCUUCAAAAUUAUACUGGUAAACCAGGAUUCAGUCUAUGCCUUCCCACUCAGCAUUUAAAAAUAAAUGGUUUUUUUUUUUUGAAACAUAUACUUCUAUGUAUAUUUCCAAAUUUUUGUGCUUGGAUAUAAGGUGUAUUUCUUGUAGUGUACUUGUUUUAUAAUAAUCUACUUUGUAUAAAUUCUAAUUAUAUUAUUUUUCUAUGUAUUUUAAAUAUGUGAUUGUUUAAUCUUUGAAGCAUUUUGAGCUUGAUUGGUGGCAGCAAAUAUAAAUGCAGUCAUUGUUGCUUUGAAUAAUAUAAAUUUAAUAAAAUCUGGAGCUGGACUCAGGAA